AUGGCAUCCCAUCAAGAUACAGAUAUCUUCAUGGCCAAUGCCCCAUAUGAUAUCAGGGAGUUUGUCAGACAACGGGAGUCCGAGAAGGGGCAGCUUUCCAUUCCCUCCAAGCCAAGGGUUGGGCUGCUUUCGCAUACAGUAGUGCCUAGUCCAACCAUUCAAUGGAUACUACCAGCACAUCUGAGGAGUCAGCGACACAAUGAUGUGGUCUUCGUCGGUGAUCGUCACAUACAAAUUCGAGAAGCCGUUUCGGGGAUCCAUUUGGAAGAUGUCACUUCGAAAUCCGACUUCGAUGCCCAGAUUAUGGCCGCAAAGGUGAUCAACGUGGGCACGGAAUUGCCAUGGGAAACUCAGAUGAAACAGGGUGCCGGUCAUUUAGCAACAGAUGAAUCUCAGGAUGAUUUGCCUCCUCAGGUUUUGGUCAUGAGUCUAGCCUCGAGAGAGCUGGUUUUCCUUUAUUAUUCGAUAGCUGGCGAGGGCCAAUUUGUCAGUUAUCGACGGCCUUUGCCCAACGAUGUCAAUUUGUUCGAGCAGUUUGGGCGAAAUGUCGCCGUGGAGCCACGGUCUCGCGCAAUAGCAGUCAGCGCAUCGUGUGAUUACUUUGGCAUCUUCAUGCUCAAAGAACCACGAAUCCUCCAGUCCCAGAUGACAAACCAUCAGCUGGAUCCAAUACUAAAGGAACGGUUCUUCCGUGUCGACGGCGACAUACUAUUUAUGGAAUUCCUCUAUCCCAAAUCAGAAGGUGAGAACAAGAUCAUUCUACUGCUCCUAGUUGCCCAAAAUCAGAUUACCCAUGCCAUCUGCUACGAGUGGGAUGCGAAUAUUCCUCUGCGAAAUGCUCCACCACGGGUUACACGGAGGUUACUACCGUUUGAGGACAGACUGCCAACCAUGGUCAUCCCAUUGACCAAAACGUCGUCGUUUAUGCUCGUGACCCCUAGCUCAAUGGCAGUCUACAAGAACAGGUUGGAUCCUCGCAGGCAACCCAGCCGGUACCCAUUGCCUAUCUGUGAUAAGCAAGCGCAACGGUCACCGCUCUGGACUCGAUGGGCGAGACCUCUGCGCAACUGGAUUUACAAUCAGAAGCAUGACGACAUCUACCUGUGCCGUGAAGAUGGCAGGAUCUUCUACCUUGAAAUCGGAAACGAGGGUGAAAUCGAGAACCAAACCUUCCUUGGACUACUUGACUGCGACGUGGACGCGGCUUUCGAUACGCUUGAUAUUGGGCACGAGGGUGGUGAUCUUCUGCUAGCUGCAGGGAAUAUGGGCGACGGUGGAUUAUUUGUGCAAAAAGCGCGUGACCAUCCGCGAUGUGUCCAGAAGUUCAUGAACUGGACCCCGGUGACAGAUUCUGUGGUCGUCAAGUCCACAGCCCAUGAUUCCUUGGCGGCAGAAGUUGCCUGUGACCGAUUGUUUGUAAGCUCUGCAUCUACCUUUGGGAAAGGUGCAGUCUCUGAGCUUCGAUAUGGAAUUGAGGCGCAGAUUGGCCUGGCAGUGGCACUGGAGGGGCUAUCCAGCACAAGAGACAUAUGGACCAUGGCAGAUAACGUAAAUGGGGGAGUUUGCAUUCUAACCACUGAUCCUAUUUCAUCACUUCUUAUCUAUCUUCCCGCUGAUUUCGGUGAGGAGAUUUGCGCCAUCGACGAGGAAGAAUCAGGCCUAGACUUCUCAUGCCAAACUUUGGCGGCAGGUUGCACUCAGUUUGGUGCAAUUGUUCAAAUAACUGAAAAAGCGGUGCAUCUCGGGGCUGUUGCUGAAUCUCCAGGUGUCCGCCAUGGCUAUGACCCUGCUGAAAGUGUUGCAACUGCAGCUAUCAAUGAAUCGGCUGGGCUGGUUGCGAACGCUGUUCGUUCACAUAAGGGGACACAACUUCACAUUAUCCGGAUAAAUUCGACGGGUAGCCAACACCAGCUGUCUGACAUUGGUGCACGGAUUUAUGUCAAUCAUGAGCCUAUUUCCAUGUCCAUUGAGCGCCUUGGCUUUUCUUGCUUUGCCUUCAUAGGGACAGGUAGCGGAAAAUUGCUGAUCUACCGCGUUGUAGAGGAAACAAUUACCUUCUUAAUUGAUAUCGAUAUCAACGUGGAAGGGAGUGUCGACAUUUCAAAGGCUAUUGAGAGCCUCGCGAUCAUAAGCAUUGCCACAGGUGAUUCGUCAGAAAAGGCUAUUCUAUUCUGCGGUCUGCGAAGUGGAAUUCUGGUCUCUUUGGCGGUGACCGUCGACAAUGACAAUAUUAACUCGCCUAUCAGCAUGCAGCAAGGCAUUCCACAACGGCUGGGGCACACCUCCGUCAAGGUACAGAGCAAGGGAAAUGCUGCAUUAUUGACAUGUGGAGAGGGCUUCUGGCAGGUCUCACGUGUUGAAGAUGGAGACCUACCUGAGUACACUCUACAACGAGUUUGGAUCACUGACCAAAACAACCCCGCGUACUACCCGAAGAGCAUCUACGGAUUUACGACUAGCAAUGUGGUCAAUCCGAAUAUGGACGAUGCCUUCAAUUCACUUUUCUGCGUUGCAGAUGAGCAAUUGUUUAUCUGUACACUGGACCGCGAGGCGAGGACAGUCCCACGACGAAUUAAUCUACCUGGAAGUGCCAACAAGCUGGCUUAUUCAAAACACCUGAAGAGUCUUAUUGUAUCCUAUACCCAGACUGAACUCGAUACAAGCUUGGAUCCUGUCAGACGUUCUACGCGUCCGAUGCUUGAGUUUAUUGACCCAGACUUUCAGGACUCAGCAAUCAGCUUGCCUGGUACUGAAGAUGGACCCCAAUUAUGGAGACCACAAGGAGCGGCUGGUGAGAAAAUCACUUGUAUUCUGGAGUGGACGCCUCGAAAAGGAGAUGAAGAAUACCAUCUCAUCGUUAUCGGGACGGCCCGCAAGAAUCAGCAGGAACGAGGCCGGGUCAUCUUCCUGCAGACAUCCCGGGAUGCGUCCAAUGCAUCCCAGAUCGAAUGUUCUGUCAAAUACGUACAUAAGUUCGAGGGACCAGUAUAUGCCAUUGCACCCUAUGGUCCAUUUACGUUAAUGGUCUCGUCUGGUAAUGAGAUUAUUCCAUUGGAGCCCAAGUUCUCCCGAACACGAUGGGGUCGAGCCGCAAGGUACUCAACAGUAUCGCCGGCGAUCUCUAUAUCAGCACACGAGCCAUAUGUGUACUUGUCGACAGCAAGAGAAUCGCUUAUGGUGCUCAAGGCCUCUGACGAUAAAUUGAGUAUGUAUGCGUACGACCGUCACCGACAUGAUGGGUUAUCUCAUGUUCACAUUGGUGGGCCAUUGAACCUCACCGUUGCCAGUAGCAGGGGCGGCACUGUCAGCGUGUUAACAGAGAGAGGAGUCACAGAAACAGACAAGAUGAUGCCACAUUCUCUAUGCGAGGCCCAUCUUCCACUGUCCGUGAUGAAACUAAGCCUUGGUUCCAAGCUGUCUCCUCUGAACUCUUCUUCGCGAGUACUCUACGGAAGCACAAUCAACGGCACCACAUACCGAUUCUUGACUCUGGGGGAGAAAGACUGGCGACUCCUCCGUCUAUUGCAGAACAUGUGCGAGAAAGACCCUCGCAUCUGUCCCUUCAAGCCAAAACGCAAGCGUCUACGCAAUCCCGUGGAAAGCGAGUCUAUCGAGUCUUCUCCUUCUCAGAUGCAUGUUGACGGUGACAUUUUGAGUCGCUUGGUGGCCCACGGCGCUGGUUAUCUGCAUAGAAUGCUGGUCUCUGGGGAUCUCUACGAUCCUUCUUCACACGAUACCGGUACAAUACAGGCUACUAUGGAGCGGUUUUCUGUGUUGUCGGAGGAUGUUCUGGGAAGGUCGACGAACCAGGUCGAGGCGGUUAUGAAGUGGUUGAGGAAUAUGCUUCAUAUGCAAUUCUAG